GUCCCCUUCAUCCCGUUGCAAGUGAUUGCCUCGGCCAACAUAUUUCACAAAUAGUUUAAUUUUGGCUCUUCUGUAUGUUAGACUCUAAGAGAUAAAGACCAUGCGUCUGAAAAGAAAAGUAAAUAUUAUAAAUAAGACAUUUCGCGAAUAAACUAAGCAGACAAAAUAGUUUUGUACUUGCAAAAAUAUGUCAAAUAAAUAUAUUUUUAAUUUUUUAUUAAUAAAGUGUGUGAUUCCAAAGUUCAUCUGAAUAUUAAGUGUUACGUAUAAAAGAAAUAUUUUUGGGCAUAUGAGCCCAACGCAUUAAUCGAAAUACAUUACUUUUACAAUAUACGGGAGCAUUUUAUUUUUGGCGCUCAUUGUGAAAAGCCAGUUCAGCAACCUGAAUAUUAUACAAAGUUGUAGGAUAAACAAAGGCCAUGUAUUCCUCCAUUUGAGAGUACUGUUUAUUACCCACAUAAAAAUGUGAGCUAGCCUGCUUGUAAUUAUUUUCAAUCAUCGUCCGGCUGUCACCUGAUGAUGAAAAGGAAAAGCUUCGAAGAGAAAAAGUAUCAUGGUGCACCAUGAUUAUCAGGCUUUUGCAGUUCGGACUAAUAUUGCCUAUGAUGCUACAAUUGACGACAAUAGUUCCUGGCAAGGAAGGUUAAUUGAACAGGGCAGCGAUUUCGGAUUCAUAUACCAAGCUCUAUUAAUCUGGAACAGUUUCAACCGAGUUCCCUGCAUUUGUGAAACAUAAUGAAGAGAUUGCGUUUAGCCGGAAUUCAUAAGUCAUCGAAUAAUGCUAGGAGGAGUUCCGCUGAUUCGAAUUAUUCUCAACCAUCGUCCGAUCUGUCGCUUGAUGAUGAAAAAGAAACGCUACGAAGAGAAAGAGAACGCCAUGCUUUAAGCCAACUAGAAAAAGCGAGGGGGAAACCCGUUGCUUUUGCUGUUCGAACAAAUGUGGCUUAUGAUGCUACAAUUGACGACGACUCUCCAGUUCAAGGGAGUGCAGUGUCCUUUGAAAUGAGAGAUUUUCUUCAUAUCAAAGAAAAAUACGACAAUAAUUGGUGGAUCGGAAGGCUAGUUAAAGAGGGCUGCGAUGUUGGGUUCAUACCAAGCCCUGUUAAACUGGAACAUAUUCGUAUGCAGAAUCAGACAAGACCAUCCCGGUUAUACGGCACAAAAGGCUCCUCAACUGCUAACUUGGGAACGGGCCAGGAUACAAUUCGCGGAAAUACGCCACCAACACCCGGCGAUGAGUCUGACACUUUAGGUGGCGGUCGGCAAGGAAAAAAUCAAAUUCCUAAUUCAUUAAAUAAAGAUAAACGAAAGCCUUUUUUUAAGAAGCAGGAAACGGCUUCGCCAUAUGAUGUGGUACCAUCAAUGCGUCCUGUAGUUUUGGUCGGUCCCAGUCUUAAAGGAUAUGAAGUAACAGAUAUGAUGCAAAAAGCUCUCUUUGAUUUUUUAAAACAUCGAUUUGAAGGUAGAAUAAUAAUAACCCGAGUUAUGGCAGAUAUUUCAUUAGCAAAGCGAUCGAUUAUGAACAAUCCUACAAAACGGGCAAUAAUGGAACGUUCGACCAGUCGAUCAGAUUGUCUCACUAAAGUUCAAGAAGAAAUUGAACGAAUAUUUGAAUUGGCCAGAACUCUUCAAUUAGUAGUGCUGGAUUGUGAUACCAUUAAUCAUCCGUCACAACUUGCUAAGACCUCACUGGCACCCACAGUUGUAUAUUUGAAAAUAAGCAGCAGUAAGGUCCUUCAGCGGUUGAUUAAGUCUCGGGGAAAAUCACAAGCUAAGAAUCUUUCCGUUCAAAUGGUCGCUGCAGAAAAAUUAGCUCAAUGUCCUUCAGAAAUGUUCGACGUCAUACUAGAUGAAAACCAAUUGGAGGAUGCGUGUGAGCAUAUUGCUGAAUAUCUGGAAACGUACUGGAGAGCUACACAUCCAGAUGUAAACAAUAUGGCGACCAUACCAAAGUCACUGACUCCUCAAAAUACAGCACCAAUACCUGAUCAAAAUCGAUUUAAUGCCACAACAGAAAAUGCUUCAUUUAGACGUAGCCAUCGACAGUAUCAUAGCCGACAUUUCGAUCAAGGAUAUCCUGAGCAUCAUGAGCAUCAUGAUCAUCAUGAACAUCAUGAACAUGAACCAAUCAGUCAUAAUAAGCCUGAAUGGGAAACAUCACGAUAUCAAUACAAUGACCGUUACGAAAAGGAUAAAUCGGAUUUCUUAGAGCAAGACGAACGCGCGUAUAUAAUUGAUAAACACGGUAUACCAAGCAACAAUUCAUCCUCCUCCGCCUAUCCACAUAGUUCGCGAUUUGGUUUGCCACCAGAUGAUAGUACCAAAGAGCUGCCACCCUCGAUGCCAUCAGCGAUUCCCGAUCAUUUAAUGAUAGAUCACGAUGAGUUUGGUUCUAGUAGAAUUGUAACUAGUGGUCGAAGAGCUCUAAAUGCUAUAUAGGAAUCAUGGAUAUAAGGUUGGCAGCAGACCAAAAUAAUAAUUUUAAUAUGUCAUUUAUGUAUACCAUAAUGUAAUUGUAAUUGCUAAAAUAUGUUUCCGAUGUCAAUAUGUAAAUGAGUGGUUAGUAUAA